GCGGUGGUGGCGGCGGCGCGAUCGGCCGGGCUGUAACCGUCGUCCGUCCGGUAGCGGCUGGAGCGGCAGCGGCGGCCGGGCACGGCGCGAGGCGACGCCACAGGGCAGCGGCGGCAGCGGGGACAGCGGCGGCAGCCGGAGACGCAGCGGCGGCCGCAGCAGCAGCAGCAGCAGCAAGACGGACUCGUGGACACGCGCCGCCGCCGCCGGGCCGGGCCGGGUGUCGCGCGCCGAGGCUGGGGGGGAGCCGUCGCCGCCACCGCUACCGCCGCCGCCGCCGCCGCCGAGGUGACUGAGGAGAGAGGCGCCUCCUCGCUCCCGCCGCCGCCGGACUUCAAUGCCCAGUCCCCAGCUCGCCAGCUUAUUUGUAGAGGUAGGAAUUACCAGAAAAUGACAACUACUUCUAAUUGCCAGGGUACAUACAAAUUUGAAAACCACUCCCUUUUCAUUUGAGUGGGAACAGAGCCCACGGGACUUCAGAAAAUAACUGUCACUGUUCUCAGAAGCAGGUUUUUCGUUGGAAUAUACGUUGCACAUUUAUGGCGAUUCUGAGCGUGAGGGCAGACUUCUGCCAGGCUCAGCACAGCGUUUCCGCUGACAAGUGAGCUUGGAGGUUCUAUGUGCCAUAAUUAACAUUGCCUUGAAGACUCUGGACACCGAGACUGGCCUCAGAAAUAGUUGGCUUUUUUUUUUUUUAUUAUUGCAAGCAUAUAUCUUUUAAUGACUCCAGUAAAAUUAAGCAUCAAGUAAACAAAAGUGAAAAGCGACCUACUCUUUUAACUUGUCUCACUAGUGCCUAAAUGUAGUAAAGGCUGCUUAAGUUUCGUAUGUAGUUGGAUUUUUUUGGAGUCCGAAGGUAUCCAUCAGCAGACAUUGAGGCCCAAAUUGAAUUUGGAUUCAAGUGGAUUCUAAAUACUUCUGCUUAUCUUGAAGGGAGAAGCUUCUUAAAGAAUAAACAAGUUGAAUAGAGAAAACACUGAUCGAUAAUAGGCAUUUUAGUGGUCUUUUUAAUGUUUUCUGCUGUGAAACAUUUCAAGAUUUAUUGAUUUUUUUUUUCAUUUUCCCCAUCACACUCACACACGCACGCUCACACUUUUUAUUUGCCAUAAUGAACCGUCCAGCCCCUGUGGAGAUCUCCUAUGAGAACAUGCGUUUUCUGAUAACCCACAACCCUACCAACGCUACCCUCAACAAGUUCACAGAGGAACUUAAGAAGUAUGGAGUGACAACUUUGGUUCGAGUUUGUGAUGCUACAUAUGAUAAAGCACCAGUUGAAAAAGAAGGAAUCCACGUUCUAGAUUGGCCUUUUGACGAUGGAGCGCCACCCCCUAAUCAGAUAGUUGACGAUUGGCUAAACCUACUAAAAACCAAAUUUCGUGAAGAGCCAGGUUGCUGUGUUGCAGUGCAUUGUGUUGCAGGACUGGGAAGGGCACCUGUGCUGGUCGCACUUGCUUUGAUUGAAUGUGGAAUGAAGUACGAAGAUGCAGUUCAGUUUAUAAGACAAAAAAGAAGGGGAGCAUUCAAUUCCAAACAGCUGCUUUACCUGGAGAAAUACCGACCUAAGAUGCGAUUACGCUUCAGAGAUACCAAUGGGCAUUGCUGCGUUCAGUAGAAAGAAAUGUAUACGAAGGCUGACUUGAUCGUGGCAUUUAGAGGGAACUCUUGGUACCUGGAAAUGUGAAUCUGGAAUCUUAACUGUGUCAUCAAAGUAGUGAUGGAUUCAGUACUCCUCAACCACUCUCCUAAUGAUUGGAAAAAAACAAACAAACAAGAAUAUAUCCCUCUAUAACGUGAAUAAAAUGUUUAAGAAAAGAAAAAGAGAAAGAAAAAAAAGGAUUAAUUUAGUGAAGGAUGAUUUUGCUCCUAGUGUUGGAGUUUGAAUUUCUGCCAGGAUUGAAUUAUUUCAAAAUCUCCUGUCUUUUUAAACUUUCUCAAAAUAGGUCUCUAAGGAAAACCAGCAGAACAUUAGCCUCUGCAGAACCAUCUGUUUGGGGAGCACACUCUUCCAUUAUGCUUGGCACAUAGAUCUCCCUUUUGUGGAUUUCUUUCUUUCUUGGGGGGGGGGAGGCACGGUGUAUUUUUCCCUUCUUCUCACUUUCUUCUAUCCCUCUUUUUUCCCCUGAUACAAGUUGUAGGUGAAAUAGGAGAAGCCCAUGUUGCUGUAGAUGUGCGUGCAGUCUGGCAGCCUUAAGCCCACCUGGGCACUUUUAGGAAAAAAACAAAACAAAAAAACACCAAAAAAAAGAAAAAACAAAAAAAGGCAGUGGCAUAUAUAGUAUAUGAUCCAGGUGUUUUUUAGUCUUUACUGAUGAUGGGGUAUUCAUGUUAGUUUCUUUUCUUGAAAACCCUAUUCAACAUUAGGCAAAGUAGCCAGGAGCCUUUUUUGUUUUGAUAAAUUUGUGGGGAAAUGGCAUUUUAAGAGGAGUCUCUCAAAGAACUUAGCUGAGAGUCGAAUUCAUCUCUUUUCCAACCAAUGAAGCUAAGUGGAUGUCCCAGAGAUUGUUGUUUUCGGAAGGGGAGUACUCCAGGCCGUCACUAAAGAUAUGUCCAGGCAGAGCAUUAGCACACUUUCUACACCUUGUAGAAUUGUGGGCUGUAGCAUUACUCUGAUUUUCUGUCUAAUGAUGUCAGAGAAUGCUGUUAGUGUAAAGUUUUUAUUUUAGGACUUAUUUGUACUCUGAAUUUUCAGGAACAGUCAAAGGAGUAGCAGCAAAGACACAAUAUUUUAGACUUGAGAAAUGCCUGUAAUGGGUAUUUCCCAAACUGCCCCCUAUAUGUACAGUUCAGUUUAACCACUGAUUGCCUUGUUAUUUUCUUACUAGGUUCUUUGUGAGAUUAAAAAAAAAUUUUUUUGCUGGUUCAAAACCAACAAUGCCUAGUGAGUAUGUGUCCACAGGCCAUAAUAGGGUAGAAGAGAGACAUAGAGCAGCUCAUUGUGUAGCAAAGGGACUGUGUGGCUAGUGCAGUGGUGUAGUAUCAUUUCUGCAGAUUCUUUGCUGGGUUCAAUGUACUGAUCUAGAAAUGCUGUUUUGCUGCUCCUUUGCAGUUGUGACCAGGCUGCAUUGACAAAGCAAGUUGGAGGAUACCAUCAGGGGCUCUUGCACUCUCCAGCUGAAUAUUACAUAAUUAAUAGUGCUCUGCUUCUAAGGAUUUGAAUAAAGUCUUACGGUCAUCUUGUCCUGUUGGAAUUUGCUGUGCAGAGCCAUAAACUUCCCAUUUUGUUAGGAUCAGCUAGGCCAGUAGGAAUGGACCAGGACCUUGUUUCACACUGAUGAUACCUCAGAUGUUGGCUGGCUAUGUGAACUGCCUAUUUCCUAUGCCGAGUUGUUUUGAUUUUUAAAUAAAUAAAAAUCUGUAGAUUCUCUUCUCCCCCAUCCCAGAAAACAAAACAAAAUAAUGCUUUUUGAAAUUGUUUCUAGGAUUUUAAAGUGAAAAAUGAUGGUACUAUCCAAAAUUCUUUAUUUCAGAACCUGACAGUAGAUUCCUUUAACAUAGGCUCAAGAUCAAAACAGCAUACCCUCUAAGCUCAGAUAGACAGUUGACUCCAAGGGUUUUGAUCAAUACCAGAACAAACCUUUUUCCUUUGACAUGCUCUGAGUUUUGUUGUUUGGAGGGAGGGAAGGAGGGAGGGGGAGAGAGAGAGAAAGGGAGAGUGAGCGUGUGAGAGAGUGUGUGUGUGUGUGUGUGUGAGAGAGAGAGAGAGCGAGAGAGCGAGAGAGAGAGCAGUAUCCACCAGUAACAGUGCCUGCCUGAGUUGGGAAAAUUACAUUCCUGGUUCUGUAUGAGGAGAAGGGUAUAUAAAACAACAUGAAACAUUAGCCCUCAUUUUGUUUUAAAUUACAGACUAAUGUUAAUUGUUCUCAGAACUGGAUUUUCUUCAAAAUUAAACAUUUUUUUCUUUUGGAUUUAAUGAAGUAUUGCUAGCUGAAGCCAGUUUGACAUGGUGAGGGAGAUGUCAGACUGAUGAAAGGUGUGCAGCCUGAUUUAAAACCAAACCCUGAGCCCUUUUAAAGAACAAUAAAACAUAUUUUACAUGCUC